UAGUAAUAAGCCAUAGGCUCUUCUGACACCAGAAAUCUCCUUUGAAUGAACAGAAGUACAGACCUUCAAGAUCUAUUGACUGCUGGAGAAUUGGUCACUAAGGUCUUGACAUUUGCUGAAAUAAGAGAUUAGCUGUGCCAUAUUCAAAGCUGUUCCAUCCUAAGGGCAUUGCCACAGUGCAAAGUUAGCCAAAGGGCUUCAUGUAGGAUUUUCCCCCUUAGAUCAAGAUAUUCUGAUUGACCAAGAUUGAAAACAGUGUUGAAGUAAGCACAAAAUGGCAUACCGAAGCAAUGAAAUGUGGUCUGAUGAGCGGUACGAUUGUGAAAGACUUCCACGAGAACGACUUCCUCCACGUCCUGAUGGCAUGCAGUAUGCAUUUGACAGCAUACAACUCCAGGAGCCAGAAAGUUAUCUCCCUUUUCAACACGAAGUCUAUUCGAUGAGAUUUUACAGGGAUGACUAUCACAGAGUAGUGAACUUUCCACCCAAGAAAACACCUCUUCCAGAGCGACCUGCAGAAGGGCGUUACAGCAGAUAUGAAUACAGUCAUGCUCCUGUGGGCUAUAGAGACUAUGGUGAAGGUCGUGGUUUUGAAAGGAGAAGUGGACCACCACACAGAAUUGAUGAUCCAGGAUAUAGAUGGCCGAGGGAUGACCAUCCCCCUAGUCGCCAGCUUGAUUACAGGGACGUGAGAGACAGCAUGAGGCGAAAACCCAUCUUUCCUCAUUAUGAUAGAGAUCGCUCCCCUCACAAGAGGGAUUCACCUUACUUCAGGGAGUCACCAAUCAGCAGGAGGGAAUCUCCUCACAGCAGAUCUGGCUCCAGUGUCAGCAGCAGAAGUUAUUCUCCAGAGAGAAGCAAAGCCUAUGCCUUCCACCAGUCCCAGCAUAGCAGAAGUAUGUCAUCUUUACAUAAAAGAAAUAUUUCUCAACAAGAUAAAGAGAGGACAGUAUCUCAGCCUUUGAAAACUUCAAGGGACGUAUCCCCUUCAGGAACAACACCUUCAAAGGCCUUGGACAAAAGUAGCAGAUUAUCAGAAAAGGAGCUUGCAGAGGCUGCAGGUAGUAGGUGGGCAGCAGACAAAGUGGAAAAAGCAGACACAAGCACUGUACCUGAAAUUUCAGAGUAUGAUGCUGCAGCCCCAGAACCAUUGUAUGUGGAACCCCAUGAAGAAACAGGUGCUGAUGUAACAGGCAAUAAUGAGUUGUUUGAAGAAGCCCAGCAUGUCACUCGCACAAAGGCAAUUGCUGCAAAAACAAAGGAGAUUGAGCAAGUCUACAGACAAGACUGUGAAACCUUUGGUGCUGUAGUAAAGAUGUUGAUAGAAAAAGACCCUUCAUUAGAAAAACCUAUUCAGUUUUCCUUGAGACAAAACUUGCAUGAGAUUGGUGAAAGGUGUAUUGAAGAACUUAAACACUUCAUUGCAGAAUAUGACACUGCAAAUCAAGAAUUUGAAGAACCUUGAAAUCAAGUCUCCAUUGUUCAUAUGUAAGUAUUAAUGUUAAAGGAUGCUAAAUGUCUUUCAACACCUUAUCACAGAAUUUUAUCUCCUCAUGAAAUGUAAUAAAUGCCGAACGCUGUAUAAUGUGUUUGCUGUUCUGACAAGAAAAUUAUUUCAUGAUUUCCUUCUGAAAACCAGUGCGCUUAAGACAGUGUUAGUCAUUUUUUAAAUCUCAGUCUGCAAAUUUGUACAUUCCGUUUGACUUUAGAGAUACUCCAGUACGGAAACAGGCUACUAUUUGAAUACAUUGGACAGUUUUGUAAUUUUAUUAAUACUGACUCCAGGACUGUAUAUACAGUAUAAUUGUAUUUAUGUAUAUUUACAUUUGUUGUGAUUAGGAAGAAUAGGCAUUUGAUGUUCCAUUUGUAAUUUGAGUAAACAAUUGCUUGAACAUAAUCACCAAGCAUCUCCUUUUGUUUAGCAUUUUUUGUAAAUUGAAAUGGCCUGUAAUUAAAAUAAUUCUAAUUCA